GUUCAAAAUCCAACCAAAUGAAAUAGAAAAUGUAAUAAUAAGAGUAGGAAAUGUAACUCUUUUCUUUUUGACAUUUCAUUACCGUACUUUCAUUUUUUUCUUCCACAAUCUUCAAAGCCGAAGAACUAGUGAAAACUAAAAAGUAAAAAAGGAGAAAGCUUUUUUACCUUUAGCCCUCCUAAUAUUUCAUCGUCCUUCUCCACAGGGUUUGUUCUUUAUUGUCUAAAAUCACCAUCCAUUAAUUUCGUAGUACUAGGAUAAUCCCAUGAUGUACAUGAUUUUGUAGCUCUAGAUAGAUGGUCCGUCUAACGAGAGCAGUGAUAUAGAAUUAUGCUCAAAAAAUGCUAUCUUUACAUCAGGGCCUCGCAUUAGUGACCGUGAAUAACCUUCCUCUCGCUUUCUUCCCUCCUCAAAAGUCUCAUCAAACACAGUCUUUCUGAAGAGGGUUGACUGUAAUCACGAAACUACCCUUUUCUAUUGGUUGUCGUGAUUGGAUUCUCACUCAGUCUGAGGCUUUGUGAUGACAGCACUUGCGCAUGCAAAAGUAAAUUUGCUCAAGCCAGUUCUGUGAAGAGUUGGUGUUUGUUUGAACUUUGAACCAUGGCUUCUGAGAGUGCAAAAGAGGGCAAUUGUCUUGCCUAUGCUGCGAGAGAUCCAUCUGGAUUCCUGUCUCCUUACUCAUUCGAUCGCAGGUCUGUAAAAGAUGAUGAUGUCUUAUUAGAUAUCUCAUACUGUGGAAUUUGCUUUGCUGAUGUUGCUUGGACAAGGAAUUACAUGGGGCACUCAAAGUAUCCUUUAGUUCCAGGACACGAGAUCACUGGGGUUGUAAGAGAAGUUGGCUCCAAGGUGUCAAAAUUUAAACCCGGAGACAACGUAGGAGUUGGAACAUAUGUUGACUCUUGCAGGGAGUGUGAAUAUUGUGAGGAAAGGCUUGAGGUUCACUGUGCCAAAGGACAAGUCUUUACUUUUGAUAGUAUAGACUCCGAUGGUACAGUGACUAAAGGAGGAUACUCUAGUUUCAUUGUUGUUCAUGAAAGGUACUGCUAUUCAAUACCUGAUGGCUUCCCACUAGAGUUAGCAGCACCAUUGUUAUGUGCUGGUAUUACUGUUUACACGCCAAUGAUGAGACACAACAUGAACAAGGCCGGUAAAUCGUUGGGUGUAAUUGGGCUAGGAGGUUUAGGACACUUGGCAGUGAAAUUUGGAAAGGCUUUUGGUUUGAAAGUGACAAUUUUCAGCACUAGCGAAUCCAAAAGAGAGGAGGCUUUGAGUCAUCUGGGAGCGGAUGAUUUUGUGGUCUCAUCUGACGAACAGAAGAUGAAUGCGCUUUCCAAGUCAUUGGACUUCAUUCUUAACACUGCUUCUGGCAAUAUUCCAUGUGAUGCAUACCUUAAAACCUUGAAAACUGGUGGUGUUCUUGUGAUGGUUGGGUUCCCACGUGAAAUUAACAUAAGCCCUAUAAAUUUAAUCCCAGAGGCGAGAACCAUAUCGGGUAGUCUCACUGGUGGAACGAAACAGACUCAGGAAAUGUUGGAGUUCUGCGCUGCCAACAAGAUCUACCCUGAAAUUGAAAUAGUUCCAAUCCAGUAUUGUAAUGAAGCACUUGAUAGGAUGAUAAAGAAGGAUGUGAAGUAUCGAUUUGUGCUGGAUGUGGCAAACUCCCUCAAGUGA